UAUAAAGUCCUCCGUGGUCCAUGUGGGACGGCGCCUAAGAGUACUGGUUUUCAACGAGCCAACCACUCGCGCAUUUGCUCACAUUGUUUCCAUGGCGUCGCGGGUAGUGAUGGUGGAAUCUAUCUCGGAUUGGGACGGAAUUCUCAAGCAAGCCAAGUCACAAGACGCGAUCAUUGUGGCGCACUUUUCCGCGGAUUGGUGCGCCCCUUGCAAGUACAUGGCCUCCACAUUCCGCGAGGCGUCCACGCGAUUCCUCAAGCUCAUCUUCCUCACUGUGGACGUGGAUGAGCUCAAGGAAAUUGCCACUCGAUUGGAGGUCAAGGCAAUGCCCACAUUCGUGUUCAUCAAGGACGAGGAGGCGAUCGGCCGGAUUGUGGGCGCGAAUCGAGAACAGCUCGUCAAGAGAGUGGCGGCUCUGGCCACUACAGUAGCGGAAUAACAUCUGGAUAGAACAGAUUCGAUCGAUCACUUCUGUCCAGACACAGAAAAAUUUGAUGAAUCCCAAAUAGAAAUUUGGUGGAAAUUAUUGGCCCAGUGGGCCGCAA